AUAUUUUGAAUCGCCGCCGGGCCUUCAAUUUCUACAUUGUUUAAAGAAUUCUGUAAAAGGUGGUUGUAGCAUAUUUGCAGACUCCUUUACAGCUGUACAAAGGUUCAAAUCUGCGUAUCCAGCUGAUUUCUUGCUUCUAACUCAAACUCCAUUAACAUUUCACUAUAUAAAUGAUGGUCAUCACAUGCACUAUAAACGUCCCAUAAUAGCUAUGGAUCAAUUCAAUGAAGAAUUUUGUGUAAAUUAUGCACCACCAUUCCAGGGACCUAUCGAAUCACUCUUACCUGAACAUCCAUUGUUUUAUAACGAAGAAAAUGAUAUUAAAAUCUUUCAAUUUUAUCAAGCAUAUAAAAGAUUUUGUUCGUUUAUCGAAGAUGACGAUUUAAAAUUUAAAUUAACACUAGAACCAGGCGAGUUAGUGAUAUUUGUAAAUAGAAGAGUAUUACAUGGAAGAACUUCAUUUGAUCAACAAAGUGGUGAACGACAUUUGAAAGGAGCAUAUUUAGACUUUUGUGAUUUUAAAGAUAAAUUUAGAGUUUUAAAAGCAAAACAAAAGAAACAACAAGAGAGAUGA